CGAGCCGUCGGACGGAGAUGGCGACGUCGACGGCGCCGGCGUCGGCCGCCGCGGCGUGGGCUCCGGCCGCUUCCUCCUCGACGUCGUCGUCCUCGUCGUCCAUGGUGCGUGUGGCGUCGUGGUCGCGUGGGAGCCCUGCGCCAAGAUUGGUUGCCGCCCCGUCCAUUGGCCGGCGUCCGCAAGUUGCACGAGCUGUUGCCGGCCUGAAUACAAUGGUCCAGUUGCCAUUAACCACUGGAAAUGUGGAGUCGGUUCUGGAUGAAGUGCGCCCGUAUCUGAUAGCAGAUGGAGGCGACGUCGCCUUGCACGAGAUCAACGGCAAUGUUGUGAGGUUGAAGCUGCAGGGAGCAUGUGGAUCGUGUCCGAGCUCAGUGACGACGAUGAAGAUGAGAAUUCAGCGACGCUUGAUGGAGAACAUACCAGAGAUCAGCGCGGUCGAACGUGUUGCAGAUAAGGAGAUGGGACUUAAGCUAAAUGAAGCAAAUGUUCAAAAGGUACUAGCUGAGAUUAGACCAUACCUUGCUGGCAAAGGAGGUGGCGAGCUCGAGCUCAUCAAGAUCGUUGGCCACGUUGUCAAGGUCCGCCUCACAGGCCGAGCUGCAGGCGUGAAGACUGUUCGAGUGGCGCUAACUCAGAAGCUCCGGGAGAAGAUCCCAUCCAUCGCAGCAAUCCGUGUAUUGUCAUAAUUUUUGUGGAUAUCUGUAUGUCAGCUCCUAAAGGAGCACAGCUACAGGACCUAUCAAGGAUAUGAUGUACAUGUGCUGUCUGAUCGUUGCUAUCAGGCAGUAGUAGCC